CCCAGACUGCGAUCAAAUCGAUCAAAUCGAUCAAAUCAACCUCGGCCCAGCGGGUGGGCCGCCGACCGAGAGACGGUUAAAGCAAACCACAUGCAGCGGCAGUUCUUUUCUCCUCUUUGUGACUCCACCUUCUUCCCUCCACUCUCCACCGCCUCCCAACUCCAUCUUUACCUUUUACCUACUAACGCUUGGCUCUAUCUCGCUCUCUCAUUCUCGCUCUCCUCUCUCCUCACUCCACCCUCCUCUCCUCUCCACACUCAAACAACUACUGUCCUUUCCCAGUUCCCAUCCUCUCGACUUCCCAUCCCACUCCCAGUCUCGCCCGACCAGCCUUUCGCGGGUUUUCCUGCCCAUGCGAGACUGUUGAGGUACCAUCACAUUCCCGCUGAUCAAUGGCCUCGGUUUCGCCACCCAAACCGUGGGAAAGGGCCGGCGCUACGGCCGGAUCUGUCGCAACCACUACACCCGUAACAGCUGGUCCAGCAACGAUGACGGCCUCCUCUUCACCAGCCUCGGCUGCAACUGUCGGCGCCGCUCCAACCUCCACAUCUGCUACCCCUGAUCUCCCAUCUCGUCCCGACACUCUGAAUGCCGUCGUGAACCGCACAGCGUCCAAUUACUCGCCAUAUGGAGCUUCUCGGCUAGGCACCAGUCCCUACGGAGGCUAUGGUGGCUACGGGGCCUACUCUUCACCAUACUCUCGCUUCGGGACGAUGGGCUCCAUGUAUGGCGGCUAUGGAGGCUACGGCGGGAUGUACGGUGGCAUGGGAGGGAUGUAUGGCGGCGGCAUGUCUGGAGAUCCGAACGACCCGAACAGCCUCACCAACUCGUUCAGUCAAAGCACCCAGGCGACUUUCCAGAUGAUCGAGAGCAUUGUCGGUGCGUUUGGUGGUUUCGCCCAGAUGCUAGAGAGCACCUACAUGGCGACCCACAGCUCGUUUUUCGCCAUGGUCUCGGUCGCGGAGCAGCUUGGAAACCUCCGCAACACCCUGGGUUCCGCUCUCGGCAUCUUCACCCUGAUCCGCUGGUUCCGAACCCUGAUCGCAAAGAUCACCGGCCGUCCGCCGCCGGCGGAUGCUACGGCGCUCACGCCGGCUGCCUUCGCGGCUUUUAUGAAUGGGCGCUCCGUCGCUGCGACCCUGCCCGAUGGCUCUCCCGCCCCGCCGAAGCCCUCGAAGAAGCCUUUCUUCAUGUUUCUGAUUGCCGUCUUCGGUCUUCCGUACCUCAUGGGCAAGCUCAUCAAGGCUCUCGCACGCUCGCAGGAGGAACAGCGUCGUCAGAUGAUGCUCGGGCCGAAUGGCGAGCCCGCGCAGCAGGCCCCACUGGAUCCCUCCAAGCUCGACUUCUGCCGCGUGUUGUAUGACUACACUCCCGAGGCGCAGGAAAGCUCUGGGAUUGACCUGGCCGUCAAGAAGGGCGACAUUGUCGCUGUCCUCGGCAAGACGGACCCCAUGGGUAACGCGUCGGAGUGGUGGCGGUGUCGGGCCCGGGACGGUCGUGUCGGAUACCUCCCUGGACCGUACCUGGAAACCAUCCAGCGUCGUCCCCAGCAGCAGGCCAUCACUUCGGGCAGUGAAGCCAACAGCCGCAGCAACUCGCUGCGCGCUCACGUGACGGAUGAAGUGACGGACGCGACCGUCAAGCCCGAGUUGAAGGGCAAGAUGGGCGACAUCUCGCCAGAGAGCUUCCAGAAGAGUGCAUUCUACUCGUGAUUCGCCUUUACUUCUGCUCGACCUCACGGGCUUCUACUUUGCACUACCCUCUGGCUCAACAUCAUAAUCUCUUUCUUUUUUUUUUGACUUUUCUUCAUUCACAGACAGCACGGACUGCGGUGGAUGCCGGCCCGGGGACGCAACUUAGGUCGAUUGAUUUGACGACGCAUGUUUUUCUCAGUGUUCUUCUAUUUUUUUCUUUUCUAGCGUUGGGCAUGAUUCAUGGUUCAGAUGUACUUCUUACUAGUUGUUUUAGCGAAACGGAAGAGACGCACGACAUGUCGCAUGUGCUCUUUCCAGUUCUCACCAUUGAUUUUGAUUUGAUUUCCUUGGGGUGUUCCAACCGGUGUACAGGAGAAUAAAAUUGCUUGCUGCGAAUGCGAGACGAUUACAACA